UAAAAAUAAACUUAGAAUAAAAAUAAAUAUAUACACAGACGAGGAACGCGAAUUGGUCAGUCAGCAAGUUAGAUUAGGUCGACAAUCUGAGACCAAUUUGUAAACUUAGUGGUAAUCAGUCGUACCUAUAUAACAUAUUGCAACAUAUUGGUAUCAUAUAAGUGUCCAUGAAAUUUUAAUAACCUGCACGUGCGGUAGUCGGUGUCUGGUCGCAGAUAGCUUACUAUGGACGAUUCGGCAGAUAUUACAGUUAGCGAUUGCACCACACUCGACGCUCGGCCGAUUGAAAAACAGCUCUGUCAACCGAUUGUUUGGCGCAAUGUUAUACUGUACUCGUUGAUCCAUUUGGGAGCGCUGUACGGCGUUUACUUGGCGUUUGUUUCAGCGAAAAUCGCUACGACUGUUUUCGCAAUCUGUUUGUAUCAAAUCACUUCGAUUAGCGUCACCGCUGGAUCGCAUAGACUUUGGUCGAAUCGGGAGCCCAGAGCGAAAUGGCAAUUACGGUUAAUCAUAAUUACGCUCAACACAAUAGCGUUUCAGAAUUCAGUUUACGAGUGGGCCCACGAUCACAGACUACACCACAAGUACACAGACACGAAUGCCGACCCGCAAAAUUCGAAUAGAGGACUGUUCUUUUCGCACGUCGGUUGGCUACUACUGCGCCGGAAAAAUCCAGAUGUUAUCGAGAAGAGUCACACCAUCGACACCAGCGAUUUGUUGGCCGAUCCGUUCGUGGCGUACCAAAAAAAAUACUUUUGGUUCCUGAUCACGUGGGCGUGCUUCAUUAUACCCACGCUUAUACCAGUUUACUGUUGGGGAGAAACAUGGAGCAAUUCUUGGUACGUGGCAGUUUUGUUGAGGUACGCGCUCACACUCAACGGAGUUCGGUUGAUCGACAGCGCCGCGCAUGCGUGGGAAGGAAAACCGUACGACAGGACUAUCAAACCGACGGGGAACCUUGCGGUGAGCGAGGGCUGGCACAACUACUAUCACGUGUUUCCACGGGAUUACAAGGCGGCGGAACUGGGCAAUUACAAGUUCAAUUUCACCACCGCGUUCAUCGACCUGUUCGCUAAAGUCGGACGGAUGUACGACCUGAACACCGCGCCAACGCCGGAGCUCGUGCUUCGACGACCCUGGCGUCCCGGCCAGAUCAAGUACCGGACCGAUCCGGCGCCACAAUCCUGGUGCUGGGACGACGACAAAGACUUUCCUAGGUUGGAAUGCAAGGAGGCCACGAUCGUAAACUGCAGGAUGUGGGGUUGAUCAGUAUAUUAUUUCUAUGAUGAUCGUACGUGGCUGUACAAAAGUAGAUAUAGCAUGCACAUGAAACAAAUAUUUCAAAGAAUAUCCUUUAAAAUCUAAGAUUUAAAUUAUAUGUACAAAUAAAGAUAUAUAUUAU